GUCAAGAGCUUUUAGGUGCACCUGUCGUCCUUGGAGAUAUUCAUGUGCGAGGAAUGUUCUCCAGUCUUGCAUCAUCGAUGCUGUAAAAGAUACAGGAGAUCUGAUAGAACUAUUAGCCUGCACACAAGGUAACAACACUGAUCUAAAAAAAUCUGUCACUGAGUGCGCCAGUAGCGUCAGAUUGUCUACGCCACUCGACGUCGAUCGGGUGAUUGAUUGUGCAAGCGGCGCUACUGGUCGAAGAUUGCUGGCGCAACAUGGCGUUACACAGGACCGAAUGCUUCCCAUCAUUCAAAGAGUACCUACGAUAUUUCUUAAUGGGGUUUUGGAACCGGUAGCUGAUGAGGAUUUGCUGCAUAUACUUUGCGUUCGAUAUUUGAAGCCACGUCCCCCGGAGUGUGACAGCUUCAAAAAUGAAUUCUUUGACGAAAUUUGA